AUGGAGCGCACGCGUCGGUGGACGGUUGCAGCGGCAUCGCCUGCAACUCCGAGGAAGAGGAUAUCGAAGCGGAAUCCGAGCGUAUCGACGACGGGGUUGGGGAAGGUUGCAGAGAGGUUGAUUGAGUCGUUGGGAGGGGUGAGGAGGAGGGAUGGGAGUGGAAAUGUGCGCAAGGCGUUGGCGAGCCCUUUCUUGGAAGCCCUGUUUCGACUGCCGAAUGAGUUGCAUUUGCACAUUUUGAGAGAAUUGUGUGUCGCGGAUAUCCUGUCUUUGCGACAGACAUCGCGCCUGCUCAACGACCUCAUCACGAGUAACGCGCCGUUGCUUGUGCGGCACUGGGUGCAGUCUCGCCUUGGAGACUUGCAUCUACGUCUGUAUCCAAUGCCUAGUCGGACCGCCGCGGACUUUGGCUUUCUGCUGGCCAUGCGACGCAGACACAUUGCGUCCAUCAGACUGACGCGCCAACUAGCCGACCACCUCGUCGGCGACCCGUUGGACAGCACAUGCCCGCGACAAAGACAGCUGUGGACAUCGGUGUACGAGCGCAUGAUGCCGCUGGUCUUCGGCGUGGGCUUCUUCCUAGAUGAGCACCGCCGGCUGCUUUUGGAAAGGGACCUUGGACGCAUCCGGCCACGCUCGCAUAUUGGGUACAACGUCUGCACAACAGGCAGUAUUACCGAGCAAGAGAUGGCCAUCAUGAAGAAACUUGACGCGCCGCUGCGAUUGCAAUACUUCUACAUGUACUGCUUCAUUGUUCAAGUGUUGAUGCGCAAGUUGCGCCCACCGAGACGAACAGGGCCUGUGGAGAAGUUUUUGAGAGGAUGGCUCAGUCAGCCCGCGUGUCCUGAAGACGUUGCUUUCUUUGUUGUGCUUGGCGGCAUUGGCCAGAUUGCAAAGUUACUUGCAAGACCGUCGUAUGGUGAGCGUCGUCGCUAUUCUGCCAUGCGUUUCAGAUUCCACACCAUGUCGCCACAUACUAGCAAGUGCUGGCGACGGCACUGGAGGAGACAUUGGAGUGGUGUCCCCCGCAUUAUUGGAUGA